UCACGACUCUAAUUUUGAAUUCGCUACCGGAUGUUCAGAGCUUUUCUACUGGCUGCAGCGCUUUACGCGGAGACUGCAGGGAAAAGCAGCAGGCAUGGCGGGGCGCGGGAAAAGAAAACCCAAGUCUUUGCCUCAGACAGAAACAUCAAACGGUGAGGUGAAAAAAGCAAAAGAAGGAAAGAGAGAUGAGGACACCACUGUUACAGGGGAAAUGAGAGAAGAAGUGGAAAAAUUAUACAAGCUACGCAUGCCUGAUGAUUUUUUCCAGUUUUGGGAAUUUUGCAAGGGUCUUAAUGCUGACUUUCCCCAAGAUGCUCUAAAGGAAACACUUGGGCUCCGGCUAGUUGGACCGUUCGAUAUCCUGUCCAAAAAGCACAAAAGCUCAUGUGCCUCUCAACCCAACUUUCACCUUCACUGGCGUUAUUUCUAUGAUCCUCCAGAGUUUCAGACCAUUAUACAGGGCAACAUAGACACCCAGCACCACAUGGGCUACUUCAGAGAUUUGCCGGAUGCUUUGCCUGUGUUCAUUGGAGAGAAUGAAGCCAAAAAGGGCUGUACCAUCACACAGAUGGGGGAUAACGUCUUUGCAGCUGUUCUGCUGUUUUUGCAGAAGAAAAGGAAGGAGAGGGGACAACAGAAGAACGAAGCAGCUUUAGACCAGUUAGAAGAUGAUUUAAAGCGAGAGGCAGAGAGGUUGGAUUUGCCUGUGGAGCAGAAAACUAAAGCUAUGAAACAAAGAGAGAAAAAGGUGGUCACAAAGACAUUUCAUGGAGCAGGAAUUGUGGUUCCAGUGGAUAAAAAUAAUGUUGGAUAUAGAGAAUUGCCAGAAACUGAUGCAAGUCUGAAGAAGAUUUGCAAAGCGAUUGCAGAGGCCAGAGAUGAUGAGGAGAGAAUCAAAGCUUUUGCGCCCAUCCAGGAAAUGAUCACCUUUGUUCAGUUUGCCAAUGAUGAAUGUGACUACGGCAUGGGCUAUGAGCUUGGGAUAGAUCUGUUCUGUUACGGCUCGCAUUAUUUCUAUAAAGUGGUACGUCAGCUGCUUCCAAUGGCAUACAAUCUGCUGAAGAGAGGUCUGUUUGGAGAGAUACUGGAGGCGCACCUCACCAGCCGUUCCCAGGACAACCUUGACCAGCUCGCUGCUGUCUGACGUGUAUCGAGAGGAUAAGAUAUUCAGAAUGACUUCCUGUAAUGGUGCUGGGGUUGGGUCAGAGACAGAUUACAGUGCACUAAAUUACGCUGUUAGGUGCUGCUGCUUCAAUGAAAAUGCAACAAAGCCCAGGAAAGGUUAGUUUCUUAAACCUAGAUUGCUCUUACUUUUCUAAAAGAUGUAUUGGUAAUCCAAAAUGUAAACAUUUUGUUGUAGGUUUAAUUGGUAUAACAUAAUUAAAAUGAAUAGGCACUUUUUUUUUUUUUUUUUAGCUCACUGCUCAUUUGUGCUUUAAAAGAGAAAUCAAGUAAAAUGUUUCAACAUUUUGUGAGUAAUACUGUGCCUUUCCAAACCCAAAUUUCUUUGAUUCACACUGGCAUUCCAGUAACCAAUAGAUAGAGAAAUGACUUUUAGCUGCUGUAAGUUCAGUACGUUGAAUAAAUUAUUUCAGAUUUUGCCUUUUGCAUUUCCAUUAGCAUAUUUUGCAUGACCCAGUUGCUUGAAAGCUAUCCUUCAAUUUGCCAGUUUAUUUGAGCAGCGACUGCUGCGUGCCGAUCAACAUCUUGGUUAUGGUUUCAGAUCCAUGAGUUUAUUUUUGUGAAAGCAGAACACACUAUUCAUAGCAAAAGUGAGCUGAUUCUUGUUCAAAUGGUACCUUAAGUAAUCUGUACUGAGAAAUUAAGUUAAAAAAUGAGUUUUCAGUGUCAAUUUCUUACUGUCUCCAUCAUCUUUAUGAUCAUUCCGUUAUCGUUGUCAAGUAUUGUUCCAAAGUAGAUGUUUAAUAAAAUGUAUAUUUUUAAUGUU